AUGGUUGCUGCUGACCCGGAACGCCCCGAAUUUCACAAGCGCUUCGCGAAGCACACCAAACGCAAUUUUAGCAGCAACCGGAAAAUCUUCAGCGGUUCUGCAGCUUGUCGAGACGGCCGCCAGUCCAAGAAAGUAAAAUGCCUCGAGAGGGAGGGCUGCGUCGGUUUGUCAUACGUUCGGGCUGUAGCACAACAUUUCCGCUCCUCUGCAUGUCUCGCCGUCCCGUGUCCCGAAGCAGUCAAGACCGUCGCUUCAUCUCCUUACCCCGAGACUUUGUUUUAUGGUGUGGUUGCACAUGGAUGCGGCGCCCGCAGAUUGCCAGCCCUCCAUCUCACUCUUGCAGGAACACACUCUACUGUGGUAGUCUCGUCUGUGCUACCUCGUCACUCUGCCCCCCUGCUUGUGUGCCUGAACAUCAUCAUCCACCCCCGAAUUUCACAUCGUCCCAUGUUCAGCCCCAAUGCCGAACUCUCUUUCUUUGAUGGGGCAUAUUGUAACCCUGUCAACACGGUACAGAUAGACUCGCUGGAAAGUUACAUUCACGAGAAAUGUCGGGAGUCUCGAGAACGGGAUUAUGCCACCAUCGGCGGCCCUGUUGUUUCCCUGCUGACGGGCGAUCAUUGGACAAGGUCGUUUAGUCAGUCGACAGAGCCUUAUCAGCAUGAACACCUAAAGGCAAAGCUCCACGGGACAGCAAAGAAAUAUGGAAUAAGAGAAAAGCAUUGUGUAUUUUUGUUUCACGGUUUCACCGACGUCGCGGAGGGGACAACCUUGCUCGAACUUCGGGAAGCACAGAAAGUUUUUGCUUUUUCCUUCUUCCACUCUCGCAUCUCUUUCCCUGUCAAAGCCUGUAAUUUAUUCGAGGCAAGCCUUGCGCGACGCUACGGACGUAUGAAGGCAAGCUCUCGAGUGUCCGAGAUGAACCGUCAGCAGAGGGCAUUCUCGUGGCUUUCCCUCCAACAAGGCUGCGUGGCUGCUUGA